AUGUCUUCGAUAGAACCGACAGAUGACCAUGUCCCGGGGGAGCAAGCCGCAGUCUUGUCCGAUCAGCCUCCGUCCUCCAGGAAAUCGUACAGACGCAAAUACCGCAAAAUCAUGGUGACGUUUGAGGAGAAGAUGAGGGAAGGCAACACGCUGUUCAAAGAAGAGCAGAGGAUAAUGGAUAUAUCCCUAAGGCUGGCUGAACAGACAGACCAACUCCUUCAGCUUCUUGUUGAACUCAACUCCUGCCCCCAGGUGCCUCAACGGUUACGCUACGAUCUCCGGCCUCCCAGCGAGAGUCAUUCAAUCGAAGAAACUGCAACACCCACUAUCUCUGAAGAAGACGGACACUUGGAUCUCAGGAGAGCGAGAAGACAAUUGCAAGCUGGGGAAGUCUCUCUAGCCGGAUAUAGAGAAAUCGAAGCUGCCCUCCUCAAGACCCGAGAAUUUGCACCAAGCCGUUCGUACGCUUCACUGCUGUCGAUUGCGCCUCCAACUGGUCAAUCAGCGGACAAACUUGAGCCUGGCAAUCCUGUGUCUGCCUGCUUAUUGUCGACGAAACAAGAAGAGCAAUAUUUGCAAGGCUUGGAUGCAUUCCUCGAGGGGACGGCGACUAAUCCCAGGCCACAUGUUGCUCAUAGCCUAGGGAGUCGAAGUGCAGAGAAGACAACAGAGCGUGAACGAGAAGCGCAGCUGAGGAACCCGGUGUCUGUCUACAACUGGCUUCGCAAGCAUCAACCUCAGGUGUUCCUUCAGGACCAUGAGGCCACCACAGAGAAGACGCCGCGAGCCACGGGUUCACGGAGUUCUAUGCGCAGAUCGGCAAACAAAGAGGCACUCAAACAGGAGCAGGAUUAUUACGAUGAAGACGGUUUCGCUUUGGACCAUGGAUCAUCGUCGAGAGCAAAGAGGAAGCGAGACGCUGAUGGGGGAUAUCGACCCAAGGGAGGCAGUUCCAGAAGCGCCAAGCGCAGAAAAGAAACGAAGGAGGAUUCAGUUCGAACCAAGCGCUCGAAGAAGUUGUCAGUGGACGCCAGAUAG